AUGGCUGUCUACAACUGGCUUCGAAUUAUCCUCAGCAUCCUUUCCCUUCUCUCAUUUUUCCCUCAACUCCAGCGCAUCGUCAGAACAAAGUCCAGCAGAGAUAUCUCGCUCGCUUAUGUCUUGCUCAAUACCAUAGCCGCCACGGAGCAGUUCGCCCUAGGCUUUUACUUUAUCGCCACGCAUAAUCUGGACUCUGAUUUCUUCGUCAGCGCGCCACGAAACCUUGGUGAUUGGCUUAACCUCGCACAGCUCACGAUAGUGUGGGCCAUGUUUCUGAUACU